AUGGGCAUUUUCCUCACAAUGGCCCUGGGUCUUCUCGCCGGGACGGCAUCGGCAUCCGGCCUAAACUAUACCGAACCAUACCGUACUCAAUACCAUUUCUCCCCCACCGAAAACUGGAUGAACGACCCUAGUGGACUGUUAUAUUACAAUGGCACCUACCAUCUGUUCUUCCAAUAUAACCCCGGUGGUAUUGAAUGGGGGAAUAUGUCGUGGGGUCAUGCAACGAGUAGAGAUUUGACCCACUGGGAAGAGCGCCCUGUUGCUCUACUUGCUCGCGGAUAUCCUGAUAGUGUCACCGAGAUGUACUUUACGGGAAGUGCGGUGGCAGAUGUGAACAACACGAGUCGCUUCGGAAUUGAGGGAAAUAUUCCUUUGGUCGUCAUGUAUACUUCUAUGUAUCCCGUCUCUCAAGAUCUGCCAAGCGGAAAACAUGUUCGCGCAGAGCAGCAAUCCCAGUCAAUCGCCUAUAGCCUCGACGAGGGCGAGACCUGGACAAGAUAUGACGCCGAAAAUCCCGUGAUUCAAACCCCACCCUCUCCUUAUGAAGCAGAAUUUGCAAACUUCCGGGAUCCCUUCGUAUUCUGGCAUGACGAUUCACAAAAAUGGAUCGCCAUUACAGCUUUGGCAUCAGUCCACAAACUGCUAAUAUGGAAUUCUGACAACCUCAAAGAGUGGUCUUUCAUCAGCGAAUUCGGACCCUACAAUGCUGUCGGCGGCGUAUGGGAAUGUCCCAAUAUGUUCCAAAUGCCCAUCAAAGGACACCCAUCAACCAAGAAAUGGGUAAUGGUUAUGGGACUCAAUCCUGGUGGGCCACCUGGCACAGUCGGAUCAGGCACGCAAUACUUCAUUGGCGACUUCAACGGAACAACUUUCAAGGCUGAUCCUGCUAGCAUCUACCCAGAGAACAAGUCUGCCAACUGGAUGGAUUGGGGUCCGGACUUUUAUGCUGCUGCCAGUUAUAACGGACUUCCUGAUGGAGAGGUGGUCCAGAUCGCGUGGAUGAAUAAUUGGCAGUAUGGUGCGAUGAUCCCGACAAGCCCUUGGCGAAGCGCCAUGUCUGUUCCCCGUCAGUUGUCUUUGAAGACGGUUAAUGGGAAGUUGGCCGUCCUUCAACAACCGCAACAGAGCUGGCAGAGUGUUGUCAAUGAUCAGACCUUCAAACAUUCCUGGAAAUCUGUAUCGAAAGGAUCAACCAAGCUUGACUCCCCAGGCAAGGCAUUCAAGAUCGACUUGAGCUUUUCUGAUCAUGACUCCGACGAUUUUCUGGCAUCUACGUUUGCGAUAGCUGUCCGUGCUAGCUCUGACUUCAAGCAAGAAACACUCAUCGGGUACAACUUUACCAGCAAAGAGGUCUUCGUGGAUCGGCGAAAUUCAGGAGAUGUAUCUUUUGACAAGACGUUUGCAAACUUGUAUCACACACCACUGUCAUCAAGCACAGAUAAACGUAUCAACUUGCAGAUCUUCGUGGAUUGGUCUAGCGUUGAGGUCUUGGGUGGUCAAGGAGAGGUCUCUUUGACAGCUCAGAUAUUCCCAGAAGGAAAUGCAACUGAAGCGUGGCUUGUCUCGAUGGAUGGAAUAACCCAGCAUGUCAGGCUUCGGAUCAACGGGAUGAACUCAGCGUGGCACAAGAAUAUCAAGGGAGAGAGAGAACAAGAAACCAGAAACGGCUAUUAG